AUGGAUACGGGGCAUUCCUCUGCUUCUUCAACCCUUCCAUGGAUUUGGGUGAUUGAAGCCUUAGCAAAAGAGACGGAAGUUGAUAUGUCUGUAUUAAUCGAAUUAGCUGCAAAGACACCUGAAAUAUCUGAUGAAGUAGGAAAAGAUGCUAGAAACAACCUUAUUUUGAGAGGCUUGGAAGAUCUUAAUGCAACUGGUUCAACUCCAAUUAUUGAGAUUGAUAAAUUAACGGAUCAUGAAGAUAUGCGUCAAAUAUUGACAAGUGAGAAGUUCCCUUCGAGAAAUGAGGGAUCAGAUAUUCAGACCCUUAUUCAGAACAUAAGACGCAGUUUGCCUAAAUCUGCUUUAGAACGGAUAAAAGAUGCAAUUUGUGAAGGUCGUCAUCCAAUCCUUGAAUCCUUGAAGAAGAGCAGUAGAUUAUCAAUGAGUGAUGAUUUAUUAGAUAAUCAUGAAGCUAGGCGCAAUGCAGUACAAUUCAAAGGUAAAGAAAAAGUUCAAGCCUUUCAACUCAAGGGUAAAGGAAAAGUCCACAGUGACCAAGUAACUUCAAUGCGAAGGAAGCUACCUUGUUAUCAAUCUGCACAUUCUAAUCAGAGCCUGCAAGAUCCAAUAAAGAUAAACCAUGUUUCCUCUCAGUGCAAAAGGAUUGAUCCAACAUCACAUGAUAAAUUACCAGAACACCUGAAUGCCGGAAAUUGUUCUAAGGAUGAGAGUGAUUCCCUUUUACAUAUUGCCAAGAAGGCUAAAGAUGCUGCUAGCAAGAAAAAUGAAACCGCUAAAGAUUUGUUAUUAUCUCCAGUGGUUUCAAAUGAACUGUCAGAGAAUUUGGCUGAGACAGUUUCCCAUUUACAUAUUGCCAAGAAGGCUAAACCUGCUGUUAGCAAGAAAAAUGAAGCCACUAAGUAUGUAUCUGCAAGGGUUUCAAAUGAACUGUCAGAGAAUUUGCUUGAGACAGAUUCCCGUUUACAUAUUGCCAAGAAGGCUAAACCUGCUGUUAGCAAGAAAAAUGAAGUCACUAAGGAUGUAUCUGCAAUGGUUUCAAAUGAACUGUCAGAGAAUUUGGCUGAGACAGAUUCCCAUGUACAUAUUGCCAAGAAGGCUAAACCUGCUGUUAGCAAGAAAAAUGAAACCACUAAGGAUGUAUCUGCAAUGGUUUCAAAUGAACUGUCAGAGAAUUUGCUUGAGACAGAUUCCCGUUUACAUAUUGCCAAGAAGGCUAAACCUGCUGUUAGCAAGAAAAAUGAAGUCACUAAGGAUGUAUCUGCAAUGGUUUCAAAUGAACUGCCAGAGAAUUUGCUUGAGACAGAUUCCCGUGUACAUAUUGCCAAGAAGGCUAAACCUGCUGUUAGCAAGAAAAAUGAAACCACUAAGGAUGUAUCUGCAAUGGUUUCUAAUGAACUGUCAGAGAAUUUGGUUGAGACGACAGUUAUAUCCAUAGUGGAUAAAUUGGAUAGACUGAGGUCUAAGGAGGUUAGCCAUGAUGAUGGUUCUGGUAAGAACAACUUUUUGAAGGAAAAAAACAAUGAUCAUCCAAUAGGACCAUCAGUUUGUUCUCUCGAUGACAGAGCCAAAAUGAAGUGUGUUGAUGUUGAUGAUGAUGAUGGAGAAACUGAGGGCGAUAGUGAUGGCAUUGAUGAUGAAAAGAUUGAUAUUGAGAUUGAAAAACAAAGAUUCCUAAAAUCUAAGGGCACAUUCAGUGAAGACACUUUUUCAGCAACUCAAAAUACAGAGUUAAAUCUCUGUAUAAAGUGUAACAGAGAUGGGCAGUUGCUGAUUUGCAAAACGAGAACCUGUACAAUUAGUGUCCACCCAAGUUGCUUAGGUUAUGAUGCCCCCUCACCCUUUUAUUGUCCAUUUUGUACACAUUCUAAUGCCAUUUCUGUGCAUCUUGAAUCAAAGAAAGAGUCAUCCUUAGCAAGGGAAUCUCUUAGAGCUUUCGAGGCGUUUAAGAAUGAAUCCCUGCCGAAAAGAUAUGUUAUGAAGGGAAAAAAACAGUGUACUCAUAAUAAGCAUCAAAAGGAACCUUUGGAAUCAUGUCUUGGUGGCAAUCAGCGUUCUCGAAGAUCAUCUGGUGUAAUAGAUAAGGAAUAUGUUGGGUCUGAGUGUGAAACUGAACAUAACUUGAGAGGUGAACAGAUUACUAAAAAGCAAGCACACAGUAUUCUAUGCAGAGAGAUGGUGGUGAUUAAUCUUGAAGAAGAUGAUGACAUUCCCGAAGAUACAAACAAGCCAAGGGAGAAGUAAGUCCCAUAUAUCUAUCUUUUUUUUGGGAAAUUGCUUGUAUCAAAAGAUUGGGCUUAUAUUUUGCUGUUAGCUGUAAGAUGGAAGAAAUUAUAUUUUGCUAUGAUUGGAAAUUGCUUCUUGUAUCAAUUAGGGUUAUAUUUUGCUGUUAGUUGUAAGAUGGAAGCAAUUAUUUUGUGAUGA